AUGCAAGCAGAAUUUGGAGAAUGCUCGAGUAAGACAGAGACUAAUGAGGAGAAUGGCAGUCUGGAUGGGACUUCAAGGCAGAGAGGAACAAACGUAAGAUUUUUAGACCUGCUUGUGACCGAGAAGUCUUAUGAGUAUAAGCUUAGGAAGUACAAAGGAAGAAAACUUCCCAAUGAAUCGAUGAGCUAUGAAGUGGAUGACCAGGCUAAGUUCAGGAAUAGCAUGACGUAUGCAAGGGAUAGUAGUACAACACUCCAGGCACUUUCCGGCUCGACAAGAAGCACAGGGUUAAGGCAGUAUCUUAAGAGGAAACAACUUGAAAAAGAGAUAUCAAAGCGGAAAACCUUCAAGGAUUCCUUAGAGGAGGUUGAGGAAAUAAAGUACCCGUUUGACCUUGUUGAAUGGGAAAACAGUGUAGUGUAUGACACGGAUAAGACAGGGCCUUCGAAAACAGUAGACACCGUAACCAUAGAAUUAGUGGAUAGUAUUCUUGAAGAAGAUUGGGAAAAGUAUGUUAUUGUGGAUGAAAACGAUGUAAAGAGCCGUAAGUCAUUUCUCACUCUUUAUUUGGAGGACCCCAACCUGAUCUUCGAGAAGACUGACGAGAAGAAGCAGGCAAGGCCUAAGAAGAAGCAAAAGGAGGUGUUUUCUGUAGACAAGCCUUUGAAAGGAAAGUAUAACAUAUCGCUUGACAAGUAUUAUGGGCAGGAAUCAAAAGCAAAGAACAGCUUAGGAACGUUUGGAGUGCAACACUCUCUUCCUGCGUUGAGAUUAGAUCCGAUAUUUUACAAGAACAACCACACAAAGGAGGAGCUUAGAAACUUCCACAGGCCAAAGUUCACGGUGAGUGGAAAUGGAAUAAGAUUCAAGGCUCUGGAGAGUACCCGAAACAAGGUCCAAAGCAUCAUAAAGAAGGCCGGGGAGCUAACUGUCAAGGACGGUAGCCCGUUCUCGUUAUUUGAGUAUUCCGAGGAGGAUCCAUUCUUCCUUGUGAACUCUGGGAUGGUGAGUCUACUCAAUAUCUACUAUAGAAAAAGUAAUGCAAGAGAUGAGUAUGCUCCUGAUCAGUCUCAAUACACAGUUCUAGAUCCUGAGGACCCUUCCCCCUUUUUUGGGUUUGGUGAUGUUGCUCCUGGGACAUCCAUACAGGCUCUUACUAACAAUUUGUUUAUUGCACCUGUUUUCAAGCAUAGUUCUGGAGACUAUCUGUGUAUAGCGGAAUCUGCGCCAGAUGGGGAGUUCCUAGUAUACAGGAGCAUUGACAAUCUCUAUUGUGUCGGACAACAGUUCCCAUUGGAAGAAGUUUAUGCACCUCACUCUAGGAAACUAAACAUAUUCUGUAAGAACAGACUUAAGGUUGCUGCAUUCCGCUUGUUCAACAACAAGGAGGGAGGAAACAAGGAACUUAGAAUUUCACAGUUGGAUGAAAUGUUUCCUUACUUCAGUGAAGGAAGCAAGAGAAAAUGGCUGAAGGAAUAUGCAGAUUGUGUGAAGAAAGGAAGGGACAACGUAUGGGUACUGAGACCGAGUUCUGCCUUGCUGGGAGAGGAAGAUCUUAGGAAGCUUGUUACUCCAGAAAACAUAUGUCAAUAUGAGAGCAUGCUGGCAGGAGAAAGAAAGCUCCAGGACUCUGGGUACAAGAUGGUGGUUGAGAGUGAUGACGAGGAGAACGAGGAGGAAAUGGUUCCUCCACCAUGGUGUCUUAGCAGAAACUUUGUAAAUGCAUGUAAUGGAAGAGGACUCCUUGAGCUGAACGGGCCUGGAGACCCCACUGGGAUAGGAGAAGGAUUUAGCUUUAGAAAGAUCAGGUUGAAGAGAGGAAAUGAGAUUGAAAACAGAAAGAUCAUUAAUGAGCACCAGCUUAGAUACAAGGAAGAGAUAGACCAAAUAUGGAAUAAGCAACUUGGAUCUCUGAGUUCUAUAGAGGAAAUUCCAUUUGAUGAAUCGUUUAUUGUUCAGAGACACAAGGAAGAGAAGAGAAAUGCAGAUUUACUAAGUGAGACGACAAUGCUAUCUGAUGAGACUUUCCUAACUAUCAAACGUACUUACAACGAAGGGGAUUCGACUCGUGUGGAGAUUGAAAGGAUAUCAGAUCCCCGGGUUAUAAAAGCAUACCUGAAGGCUCGAAAGAAAAGGAUAUCUGAGGAAAGAAAGGGGGUACUUACAUGUGGGAACUGCGGGCAGGUUGGACAUAUGAAAACAAACAAAUCCUGCCCAAAGUUUGCAUCUGCAACGAAGAUGACAAAGAAAAAGAUUGAGGCCGAAAAGAGGAAGGCCAGGGUCUAUCUACAGGAGAUUAUGCUUGAUCUUCUCACCCAAUUCUUUCAGAUUCCAUAUUCUGUUGCAUUCCAUAGGCCUGUAUCCACCAAGAAAUUUCCCGACUAUCCUCUGAUUGUAUCUAAUCCGAUUGACUUGACAACAAUAAAGACAAAGGUGAGGCAUAACAAGUACAAGAAGUUCAACGAGUUCUUAGAAGACUUAGAGCUUAUGCAGAACAACUGCCGUAAGUACAAUGGAGAAGACCAUUCUCUGACUAGAAUUGCAGAUGCUAUUGUGGAGACAGGGUAUAAGAAAUACAAUGAGAAGCUGGAAGAGGUUGUAGAGGCGGAACGGGUCUUGAAUGAGCUCUUUGAUGAAUAA